ACCCAACCCUCUGCCAUGCCUCUACACAUCAACCAUUGGGAAUCUUUCUUAAAAGGAAAAUGUUUUAAUAUGUUGAAUGAUGACGAAAAGGCAGUUGAACAUUCAAUUUUUCUGAGAUUCAGGAUAAAAAACCAAUAAGGGUCGGCUUACAGUAUUUAAAUUAAUGCAAUCGACACCCUAUAAGAUAGCUUGUAGUUUUUGGAGAACAUAUCCAUUUUUGGUCCACGCAGCUCUUUGAUCGAAGCAGAAGUUAGAGGAAAAAUAUGGGUUUGAUGUACGCCUGGUCCUCAUGGAGCUUUCUUGUACUUGUUUUUGUAGCUGAAUUUGCUUUGCAUGGCUUCAGCUAUGGAGAAAAAGCUCCUAAUUACAGCUUUAUCCAAGAAGCAACCUCUGCUCCAAUAGUCUCAUUCUACGAUUACAUAGUCAUUGGUGGAGGAACUGCUGGCUGUCCAUUGGCUGCAACCCUGUCUCGAAAUGCAAAUGUUCUAGUCUUGGAAAGAGGGGGGUCUCCGUAUGUCAACACGACCAAAAUAAGGAAAGAAAACUUUAUGUCUACUCUUACAGACAGAUCUCCCGAUUCAUACUCUGAAGCAUUCAUCUCCGAGGAUGGAGUUGCUAACAACCGACCACGCGUGCUUGGUGGCGGAACAGUGAUUAACGCAGGCUUUUACUCGCAUGCGGAAACAUCCUUCUUAAAGCAAAAUGGAAUGGAUGAAGCAUUAGCCAACGAUUCUUAUGAGUGGGUUGAAAGGAAGUUGGUACACAAGCCAGUUGCGUUGCAGUGGCAAUCUGCAGUGCGAGAUGGGUUGCUUGAAGCUGGGGUUGUGCCAUAUAAUGGGUUUACGUAUGAUCACAUUAAUGGGACUAAAACUGGUGGAAGUAUUUUGGAUGGAAAUGGAAAUAGACAUACUGCAGCUGAUUUGCUUGAGUAUGCUGAUCCAGGGAGGAUUAAGGUUUACUUGCAUGCNGUUGUGCAUAAUAUCGUCUUUACAACAAAAGGUAAUUAAUUAAUGCAUUUUUUU